AUGCGGUUCUUUAACCUGUGGCUCGCGUGCCUCGGCGCGGUGGCUGCAUGGGAAAAGGUAGAGACAGCGGCUUCGCAUGUGCGUACUUUACUGCACGACGAGACGACGCACUUUGUCGCCUCCCUGGGCACGACGACCAAGAGCGAUCCGCCGAUCGCGUUGAUCGGUGCGGAAUACUACGCGCCGUGCUUUAAUCGCUCGCUUUCCAGCAUAGUCGAGGGUGCGCACGAAGGCGAUCUCUUGUUCCUCGCGCUCCCCGUCUCGGAAAACUGGCGCAACGCGCUUGCACCCAACGCCUCGGCCUCUGUCUUUGUCGGCUCAAAUCCGGAUCCCGAUGUCGUCGAUCCGCGGCAUAGCACAAUCAGCGCGGCGGGGCGUAUGCACUGGGCGGAAGGGCGCCCGGCGUGGCGCAAAGGGAUGCCGUCCAAAGGGCGCGCCAACCUCCAUGGGAAAAUGCACCUCGUGCCCGCCUCGCCGGCCGCCGACACGCUCGCGGCGUGCUUCACCACAUACCACCCCGAUGCAGCCGCGUGGAAGCCGGGAUCGCGCAUGAGCCCGCACCUUGCCAAGUGGGCGCGCUUUGAAGUGCAGCGCAUCUACUAUGUUGGCGGGUUCGGCGACGAGCACUACAUUGGCACCAUUCCUUUGGACCUCUAUCGCAAUACGUCCAACGCACCACCCCUCGUUUUUCAGUAG